AUGGAAAAAUCACAAGUAGACACGGCUCCUACUCAGAAGGUAGUGAAAACAAGAAGAACAUUUAUGGAGUUCAUUAAAAAAUACCUUUGGGAAGUUGAAAAUUUUGUUCCGGUCUUAGAAAAUGUCGGUAACUGUGAGAAAAAAAUAGUUUUGAUAAUGUCUGUGAAUUGUCAAGCUUUAACAGAAGAAUAUAAAAACGAACUUGCAAACAUGCGACAUGACGCCCCAUGGCACGAAAAAAUUAUGGUGAAAUAUCGUCGCGUUAUUGGAAUGGUUAUCCCAGCUCUUGUGUUUCAUCUGUUAUGGUGGGCGUAUUUCAUUAAGUUUAACACGUGGUACCUGUUUAAAGAACAUUAUGAAAUUAGUAUCAUGAUGAUCUUUGGAUCGAUGAUUGCAGGUAUGACGAGUGAAGGUGGCGGCUCUGUAGCAUUUCCCAUCAUGACGCUAGCAUUAAAGAUAGCACCAGUUGUUGCGAGAGACUUUUCACUUUUAAUUCAAUCUUGUGGAAUGACUGCAGCUGCUUUUACAAUCUUCUGGAUGAAGGUCCACGUAGAAUGGCGUUCUCUAAUAUUUUGUUCUACUGGUGGUGUAUUCGGCAGUUUCAUUGCAUAUGAAUUUAUCGAUAAGGAACUAUCACCACCUCACAAAAAGAUGGGAUUUGUAUCCCUCUUUUUUGCAUUUGCAUUUGCAUUGUUUUUAUUGAAUCGAAUCCACAAACGCAAGACAUUUACCUCCAUCCCAGAAUUCAAUGUUUGGAAAGCGAUAGUCUUGCUUAUAACAGGUUUUGUUGGAGGUAUUUUGUCUGGUAUUUCUGGUAGUGGUAUCGAUAUUUGCAGUUUCAGUAUACUGACGUUGUACUUCCGUGUAAGUGAGAAAACUGCCACACCUACUUCAGUUGUUCUUAUGGCUAUCAAUACUGUGUUUGGAUCCUACUGGAGAUUAGUGAUGAUGAAUGAAAUUCAGCCAAUCACUUGGGAGUAUCUUGGAGUCUGCAUACCUAUUGUUGUGAUUGGUGCACCCUUAGGUUCAGUUAUUGGCACUCAUUUCCAUCGACAAGCAUUAGCAUCAUUGAAUUACAUCACUGAUACAACAGCGUUAAUCUCAGGAUUUGCUAUUGUAAAGAUGGAUGCAGUCACUAUAGGCUUAUCUGUUGGUAUCAUUGUUUUCGGCUUUAUAUUUUAUGGAACCAUCACAUAUUUGGGAGGGAAAAUGAUGGAAUCUGUUAUCAGGCAACAGGAGUUCAGAGAAAGAAAAGCAAAAAUGGAGAUGGCUUAA